AGCACGAGAUCCUGAUGAGCUUUCAUGCUCAUAUUUGGUGUCCUACAAAAAAUUGAGGAUCAGUUCGAGGACGCGCCACCUGGUCCUCGUCUAUUCUGGAUGGGUUUAUCCAGGCGGCACUUACAUCAACACAGACAAUGCAAUGCAAAUAUCAACAAGUAGCCUUUUGUUCAAUAUUUAAUGGGUAGCUGCUGCUCGUGCUAAUGUUGUAACGUAGUUUACAAGCGUGCGCGCGCCACUGGAGACCUUUACGAAUUGUUUGCACGAGGAAAAACUUGACGGGAGAAGAGAAACGCGCACUAAGUUGGUGGGUUUGUAGUCCGAGAAGAAUGAUGACCGUGUUUUGGUGGUGAAGGUCUCUCUCAGGUUUCCAUUUAAGCGGUUCCAGUGGGGGAAAAGGUUGUGCGUUCAUUUUUCAUUGCUGUCCCGGGAGUGGAGAGAUGUCAACCCGCAGGAAUAGGUCGCGUCGGUCGCUGAGACCCAUUUGUAUGAUUUUCGUCCUGCUGUUUGUCAACAUUGCUGAAACAGCUGCAGAAGAUGACUCUUUCAACGCUGAGUUGUUUCAACACAUUGCCCACUCUCCAAUAUUUUCUGUGUCCUGUUGUUCUUUAAAGUCAUGGCUGAGGGCGUAUGGCUACCUGUCCCAGGCUAGCAGACAGAUGUCCACCAUGCAGUCAGCCCAGAUCCUUUCUAGUGCCAUCAAGGAUAUGCAGCGCUUCUAUGGCCUGGAGGUGACCGGACACAUGGACUUGGCUACUCUGAAAGCCAUGAAAAGACCUCGCUGUGGAGUGCCUGAUCGUUUUGAGGAGUCAACAGAGCAAGGUGCUCGGCGUAAGCGGUUCGCGCUUACUGGCCACAAGUGGGAGCAGGACAAGCUGACUUACAGUAUUCAGAACCACUCACCCAAAGUUGGCCAGGAGCUGACCUAUGAAGCAAUUCGCAAAGCGUUUAAGGUUUGGGAGAAAGUAACGCCUCUGCAGUUCGAGGAGGUCCCUUAUCACGAGAUAAAGAAUGGCAGUGAGGGGCCAGACAUAUUACUACUGUUUGCCGCUGGGUAUCAUGGUGAUAUGUCUCUCUUCGAUGGGGAAGGAGGGUCUCUGGCACAUGCUUUUUUCCCAGGUCCCGGAAUGGGAGGAGACACACAUUUCGACGUAGACGAGCCAUGGACCUUGAACCAACGGGAGGGCUCAGGUGUCGACUUGUUUCUGGUCGCGGUUCAUGAGUUGGGUCACGCACUUGGGUUGGAGCACUCCAAUGACCCUUCCGCCAUCAUGGCGCCUUUCUACCAAUGGAUGGACACAGAAAGCUUCUCAUUGGCUGAAGAUGAUAUAAAUGGCAUUCACCAGAUCUAUGGCCCUCCAGAGAUUGUCAUCACUCAAGCAGCUCCCACCACAACCCUGUUUACAACCACUGCCGAGCCGGAGCCCACCACUACAGUGGCCCAACCGAAAACUACCAGACCCUCGCUGCAGCCCACCAAGCCCUGGGUGCCUCCGGUCAACCCCACCAAGAGGUCCCAUAGACCCCAUCCCACAGCACGCUCCGAUCAGGAUGCACCUGACAUCUGCGAGGGGAACUUUGACACGGUCACCAUGCUGAGAGGGGAGAUGUUUGUGUUCAAGGGUCGUUGGUUCUGGAGGGUUAGGAGGAACCGGGUUUUGGAUAAUUACCCAAUGCCGAUCUCUUUCUUCUGGAUGGGGCUUCCAGAGGACAUAGAUGCUGCAUAUGAACGGCAUGAUGGGAAAUUUGUAUUCUUUAAAGGAAGUAAAUACUGGCUUUUCAGAGAAGCAGACGUGGAACCUGGAUACCCUCAGGACUUGUUUCGUUAUGGUCAAGGCAUGCCUGACAGAGUGGACACAGCAGUGUGGUGGGAGCCAUCUGGCUAUACGUACUUCUUCAGAGGAGACAGAUAUUGGCGGUUUAGUGAAGAAUCCCGUUCCAUGGAUAAAGAUUACCCUAAACCAGUGAGCGUGUGGGGUCCCAUUCCUGGCUCCCCAAAAGGGGCCUUCCUCAGCGAUGAUGGAGCAUACACUUACUUCUACAAAGACACCAGAUACUGGAGGUUUGAUAACAAGCGAAUGAAGGUUGACGCUGGAUACCCGAGAUCAAUUUUAAAUGAUUUCAUGGGCUGCCGGGUGCACUUUGAGGUGGAAACGGAUGUAAAUCCCGACCACCGAUCGCCAGAGACGACCAACAACAAUCAAGACCCUGACGACUACAAAAAUGGUGAUGAAGAUGAUACAGAGGACAGGAGUGAUGACGAGGAAAAGGAAGUAGAUGUUAUUCUAAGAGUGAACGAAACUGAUGAGCACAUCAUGACCCUCAUCUUGGUGACUGUGCCUCUGAUUCUGGUGCUGUGCAUUCUGGGAGUGAUCUACAUCAUUAUCACCACACUCCAGAGGAAAGAGACGCCCAAAGUAUUAGUUCACUGCAAAAGGUCCCUGCAACAGUGGGUCUGACAAAGUCCACACACUUUCACCACCCAAUAGCCAAGUAUUUCUGCACAUACAUUUUCUAAGAGACACACACUUUGUCGUUCGAUUUGUUCAAUGGUGCUCAUCCGAUCAAAAACCCUGUUCUAGAAUUUGCACUUUUGAUAGUAUUUUGAUUGUUUUGUGGUCAUUUUACGGUUGCGUGUGAUGUUGCAAGUGAGUCGUCCGUCUGCAAGGUUUCUGUUUUCCUGUUGAGCCCGAACUGUUCGGUUGUACACUGUGGGAAUAUUUGGAUGUAUGAAAACAAGCUCAGAUCAGCACAUUUCUUUCACAUCCUCUGCUAACCGGUCUUAAUAAUGGAGGAAACCGCAAACUCUGCGACGAGGUCUUGCAGAAAGUGCAGGGUUAAAAGAAAAGUCAGGCUUAAUAAAUUGUCUCACGCACAUUUAGCAGGGUUUAUAGUCUCUUCCCUGUGGAGCCUGGCUUGCAUUACACAGAUGUUGCUGAUUUUGGACUUUAUGGAGAGAAAAAAGAGGGGGAUGGGGGCUUGUAGCCUGCCAGCAUUUCCUCUGCCUGAGUUCCACUGAGCGUGCCAAAGACGAGGAGGAGGGGGGAAUGGAUUCGAGGCGUGGCUGUACUGUCAUCGUGACCUACAUUAUUUUUUUCCCCCCUCAAAGUUUGUCUUCCUGUGGGACUUUCCUUUGUUUUCCCUGCCACACUUCCAUUCUCCCAGUUGUGAAUUUUUAUUUUUAUUUUUAUUUUUUUUGAGAGGCAGUUCUGGCCUCUGAUUGUGUCCAUCAGUGCCUUUCAUGACUGAAUCUGUGCCUUAAUAGUGCAGACCAUCACCACUGUGUUGGAAAUGUCUUUUUUUUUUUUUUUUUUUUUUUUUUUUUUUACUGACCGAAAAGCGCAAGUGUUUUAAACCUGUGUCAUUUUUGUAUUUCAUGUCAGUAUGAAUGUCUUUGUGCUUUUUGUAGUGCCAAAUGAAAAACUCUCCCUUGACUAUUAAUUUGAUUGUUUUGAUUUAUUUUUGAUUUGCAUUGUUUUAUAUUAACAGUUGAGUAAAUCAUGCAGGGCAUGUAUUGCUUUUGUUCACAGAUAUUAUCUGGUAUGUAGCUUGCUCACAAUAAAAUGGAGUAUACAGCUGUAA